GGCUUGCUGUCAAACGCAAUUGCAAAAUGUGUCAUAAUAGCAAUGAUUGUUCGCGUAUAUUUUAUUGGUUAUUAAUUUAGGACUUUUUCUUGUUCAAAAUACUACUAUCUACGAAUUGGAUCUGAUUGUUUAAAAAUUAGUUGAACUAUUAUAUCCGAAUAACUAGCAAAUGAAUAUCCUGUCUGCAACAGCGAUGGUUUGCAUUCUGCUGACAUGCAGAGUCCAGACUGAAUCCGAAGACCAGGACUUUAUGAACGAAGGACUUACUGUGAAUGGAGCGAGCGACAGGCUGUCAAAACGACAAGUAUCAGGGAAUGGACCACGCACUGACAUUGGGUUUGACCAUUGCGUAGCCGGUGUUAACUGCACUCCAAACGGCGAUUCCUGUUGUUUUGUCAAAGGCUGCUGUUUUUACGGCUGGUUGUGUUGUUUUCCAUCUGCAUGCUGCUCCAGUGCCGCUGAGCUUGCGGGGUCAACAUAUGGGCACACCAUGGUGAUACUGUUCUGCCUAGCUUGCUCCUUCCUUGCAAACAAGCACAAUUUAAGACUGUGGCGGUGAAAGACGGAGGCGAUAUAUUAAGUAACUUCAAAUACAUGCAUAUAGAUGUACAAUUAAAUAUAUGUUUGCAUAUAAUAGCGUAUUUUUAUAAUUAUCAUGUUCAGCUUUUGUCAUGAAUUCGCAAAAUAAUUCUGAUGCUUAGUUUUGGAUGAACGCUUCACGUUAUAAUUUAUUAAAAUACCUUAGACUGUCCGUGUUUUUAAAUUUUAUUUGACAAUUUAUCACAUGUGGCGUCAUUGUUUAAAUUUAGAGAUAUUUCAUUCAUAAAACACCAUAGUACACGUGAUCCUCGUGAACCGUCAUGCAAUUUUUCACUACGCAUCAUUGACCCAUUGAUAGUGAGAACAUUAUUGAUUUACGUUCAUUCAUGUAUAAAUAUACCCCUAUAUUAGUUGUAAUUUAUCCUAUUAUAGCAACUUAAUAUUUUAAACCAUUAUUCACUAUAUUUUUUUCCCAUUUUCUUUUUACUGAAUCUCAAAAUGUUUUAUAUAUUUGAAUCUUUAUAAUGUCAUAUAAAUGUAAUAACUCUUUUCCCGCCGAGUUUUUUUAAUCAGUUAACAACGAUACUUUUAUCUGAUACCCUCACAUGUUUACUUAUUUUUGUGCUGUAUGCUGUUGCGAUGAAUAGUUGUUGUUGUUGUGUUGCUAAAAUAUAUUGUUAACUAAGAUUUGAAAGACACAAUUGAUAAACCCAUACACAGUUAUCCAAUUCAAUUAUUAUAGAUGCACACAAAUAAAUUGCUUAGUUUCGCAGAUACCUCCGCACUCAUUUUGUAUAAAACACUUAAAGUUUUACUUCAUUUUCUUGUCCCAAACAGUGUGACUUUGAGAAGAAAUCAAGAAAUCAUUUUGAGGUAAAUUAGAUUUAUACAUCUAAUAAGUACUUUUUACGUGUCAAAGUCAAAUAUGUUCAGAGUCAAAUGUCUUGAUUGUCUGGGCUUGUCCAUGUAUUUUUCAUUAUAUUAUUGAAUUUUGAAAAACGUGUUUUUUAUAAACAUAAAACAUCCAGAGCUUCCUCCUUUAAAAUUGUGCCUUUUAAUGCAUUGGCUGACCAAAAGGAACAUUUUGAAAAUACUUUAAUGCUGAUAUUUAAUUUGGUAAUUCGAUAUCUUUUUUAUAUGUUAUAAGAUGAUUUUAGCAGCAUUAUGUUAUUAAUGGACAGGGAAAAUGUGUCCCAAUGAUUUAUACAUUUGGAUUUUCCUUACAGUAUUGAAGUAGUAUGUAUCAACACGCACUUUGGUAUUGAAAUUCCUUAUUAAAUAGUAUCUUUGUUUAAGCUUUAUGAAUUUCUCAUUCACUAUAAACUAUUUUACUAUGGAAAUAUCUUGCUAGACAAUACGCUUCAUUAAGAUUGUAUUAAAUUGUUUUUGCUUUACAAUAUGCAUAUUAUAGUUGUUGAUAGUUCAAAUUUCGGAACGUUUUUCCUAUGAAAGGGAAGCAAGUAGAGCCAUCUCAAACAAACAACGUGUUGGAGUAGCAGAAGGAUUAUGCAGAACGAGAACUCCUGAACCUUCUUUUAAGCCUGACACUGCGUUUGAUACUACUUUAAAGAUGCAUUAUUACUCCCAAAUUUGAUUAACCACAACUAAUACAAUUGUUUUGAUAUACCAAAAAGGAUGAAUACAUGUCGAAAUCAAUGGUUUUUAUGAAGGAUACCGAGUUUAAUUUGAAAUAAAGGUGCAGAAAACAUGGUAUUCCUACCUUAUGAGACUAUAGUAGAUCAGAGUAAAUCUUUUAUCAAUCACCAACCAUUUAAUAAUUUUGCGUUUUCAGCUAUUAAAAACACUGUUAUAAUCUUGUUAUCAGUAAUUAAUAUUUUCCAUAAAUGCAUUAUUAGUAAGUAGUUAAAGGUGUAUCACUCAAAAUCUAUGUUUGUUAUACAUGUGUAUGUAUUCAUUUUGAAUAAGAGUGUCACUUUAAGGUAUACGAGCAACAACUGCGUAAGACAAAUGAACAUGUUUUAAACUGUUUAUUGGUAAAUAUUGGGGUACCACCAACAAACAGGAAUUGCAAAAACCACGGAUUUCACCGGGGGAAGGGGGCUGAAACAGGUGUGCGAGUAACCGCCCUCUUGUCCUAACAUGCAUAUAUCAUAGCCUUUGUGACAAAACAGUGAACCUCGAUUACUCGACCCGCUCCACCGACAAGUUAUCUUCAGGGUAUAAUAGUAGUCAAUCAUGCCUAUCCAGCACACAACGCACUCAUUGACCCGUUCUUAUUCUUGAUCUCUCCGCUUAUGACAUAUGAUAUGGUUGUGGAUGUGGGACCAUUGUUUAUCAUUCAUAUUAACUGUUGUAUCUACAUGUAGGCGAUCGAAAUGUAUGUUAACCAGUUGUUUUUCAGUACUCUUUUUUUCAGUAAUGUACAGUCUAAUAUAAACAAUUUUGGGAUUCCGCGUUAAUGUCAACACACUUACAUUAUUAUAUAAUGUACAGUAUCAUAUUAACGAAUUUGGACUUUUAGGUCCGCAAUCUUUCAACAGCAGAACUAUAUUUGUAGCAGAUUUUAGACAGCGUAGUGAAUCAGUCGUAUACUAUUAUCAUUGUGUCUUUACACCUGUAUUGUAAUACCCUUGUUUACACCGUGUAAUAUGCGGGAUCCCAAAUCUGUAUUCAAUAACCAUGACGUAAUAUGUGCGCCAAAUCAUUUAUUUCGAGUACAGACAAUAUUCGGCUCGUGUUUAAUUGCUGCUUAUGGGAUAGAAUAAAGGUAAGGUCCACUUUUUAAUUGACUGUCAUUUCUACUAUAAAUUGAUUACAUAUUAGUAGACACAUAUACAUUCAGGUCUAAGCGAUUGCUAGUCGAGUAGAAUAACUGAAAUAUCUUUUGAAUCUCCCUCUCGCUGGUAGAAAAGUACGCCAUUGGUCGUACAUAAUAUUACGUAUAGAAAACCGUUUUGUUGUUUUUGUGGUAUGUGUAUAGUAUUAUUAUAUUAGAAGCAACCUUAUAUC